AUGGGAGUUUUGGGCCUCGCUCCAUUCAUCCAGAAAGCAUACCCGGAAGUUGCUAGGACAUUUCCCGCCCGUCUUCGCGAACUUGCAGGCAAGACACUUGCUAUCGAUGGAACACUGGUAACUCAGCGCAUGCACUUUGCUCCAGCCCCUCACCCAUACCGACAUGUCUUAGGCUGGUAUCGUCUGGCGCAGGAGCUCCGGGAAAAUGGCGUUCGCGCAAUUUGCGUCUUCGAUGGGCUAGAACGUAGCGCUGCCAAACAGAAUGAACUGGAACGUCGGAGAGAGAUUCGGCGAAUCGACCGCGUUCGAGCAUCUAUAGAAGCCGGUCGAGUCCGCAGACUGCAUCAAUUGCGUGCCAUCCUCAGACUUGCCAGUGACCUCUCGCCGUCUGAGCGACACCGCAUCAUCGAAGCUCUCAGGCAAAUCAGGCUUUCUGGAGAACCGUUUGACCCCGCACUUCCAGUGGCGGACCUUGCUGAAGAUGGCUUCGACCGUGAAGAAAUCUUGAAUGCGUUCUACGAAAGCAUGUCUAUAGGUCCGAAGCGCCAAAUAUCGGUUCCUGCUCACCACGAGGAAGCGUUUCCUGUCAGCAGAGCUGUUCCUGCCAACUUGGACGAUCUUCGCUCUGCUCUGUCAGACCUUUACCUCGAUUUCCGGGCCAGCGUCAGCAAUCUGCGUUCCACGUCUUCUGUUCCCUCCAGCCCCACGCAGUCUCAGUCCGAAGAUGACGACAUUCAGGCUUCGCAAAACAUGUCGAAGAACCAACAAAAGCUUGCGGCCGAAGAGGACGAAGUGUGGAACAGCCUGACACUGGAUUCGGUCGUCGCGCCUUUACAAAUCGAGCAGGACCUUGGUAGCCUUUGGCACCGUAGCCAAUCGAUCUCGGAGUCGUACAAGCGGCGGUCAAACCCACCAACCUCAGAAACUUAUGAGCAAUGCAAGGAGAUCCUACGAGCGUCGGGCAUUCCCUGCAUCGAGACCAGAGGAGCCUUCGAAGCAGAGGCUCUUGCAUCUGCUCUGGUCCUGAGCGGACGUGCGGAUUAUGUUGCUAGCGAAGACACGGACGUCCUCAUAUACGAAGCCCCCCUCCUUCGCAACAUCACCUCCCGCAAUGUCCCUCUCUCUCUUCUGAGUGGCUCGGACGUCCGCUCUGUCCUGUCGCUUACGCGAUCCUCCUACAUCGACUUUGCCCUCCUCCUGGGUACUGACUUCUCCCAGCGUAUAAAGAAUGUCGGCCCCGCACGCGCUCUCCGGUUCAUUCGCUCCUACGGCUCUAUCGAACAGAUCCUGAAGCACGAAGGGGAGACGUAUCCUCCCCGCACUCCUGUUCCAGAGUACCUCGCGCAGGUGGCCAUGGGCAGGGCCGUCUUCGAAACCUUGCCUCCCCUACCUGACGAGGGGCUCUUGGUAAACGCCGCGGAGGACGAGAAGACUGUGCACGGAAUUAUGAUGAAGUAUGGGUUGGGUAGGGAGAUCCGGGAGUCUCCUGAGGUGGAUUACGAGUAUACCGACGCCCUAGCUGGCAAUUAUUUCGGGGACGAUCCAACUGCAUUAUGAGCUCUCAUAGCAUACAUCUUACGCCAUAAUGAAGUACUCCAUAUCGCAUGUGUACUCUUAAUCAAC